CCAACAGGUUCCAACUGAAAACUGAUGUCUUCACAAGUCGGCAAGUUUGGCCGACGUCCUUAUCUAGAUUUAACUGACCUUCGAUAUUACGCUACAUGCUUGCCACUCAAGUAUCAGUAGCAAGUCGCUUUUACUUUGCGUUCAGGAAACUGCCUGACCGCUUUGUUGCUUCCGAACCCCCGAGUCGAAAGAUCAACGCGACUCCCUUAUCCAUGGGUCGCAAGGCUGCCAAAAUCGCGAAGAAGAAGAACGCUGAAGACGCGAAACGAACAAAAAUCUAUGGAAAGUUCGGAAAGCUUAUUGUGGCUGCAGUAAAGGAAGGUGGCGGUGCCGAUCCAGUAAUGAACCAGCAACUGGCAAAAGUUAUGUCCCAGGCGAAAGAGAUGAACGUGCCGAAAGAACUUAUCGAUCGCAAUAUCAAGCGGGCAUCGGACGGCAAACAAGCAGACUUCGUUGAACUUACGUACGAGGCGUACGGCCACGGUGGUGUUGGGAUUGUGAUCGAGGUCCUCACAGACAACGUCAACCGAGCAGCUGCAGAGACUCGAACUGUUGUCAAUAAGGGUGGAGGGAAAAUGGCCGAACCUGGCUCCGUGUUGUUUAACUUUGAGCGCAAGGGCGUUAUAACUUUGCACUGUGGCGGUGAUGAAGAGGAGAAGGUCCUUGAGGUUGCCAUGGAAGCCGGUGCAGAGGACAUCUUUGCCGCUCAAAGCAGUCAUGAAGGUUUCGUCGUGGUGACCGCAGUGUCGAAUUUCAAUGCCUGCAGGCGUGCGCUCGUAGAUGCCGGUUUCACCAUUUUCCCAGACGAAACGUCACUUAAAAUGGUACCUUUGGUGGAGGUUGAUGUUGAGGCUGGCACAGCGAACACAAACCAAGAUUUAAUUGAUAAACUUCUUGAGCUCGACGAUGUUGAUGCGGUAUACACCCAGUGAGUAAACCUCCUGUCUUGUGGCAAACCGGAAACCGGGCGGAGUCUUUCUCAGGCCAAAGCGCCUUAUGGAAUGCCUGCCCAAUCAAAGUUGAAGGAAAAAUCACUGAGAGGGAUGUUUUCAUUUAGUUUGUCCGACAAAACCUUCUAGUAUUGCACACUACAAAAGUAACAGGCC